CUUGCUGGGUCCUGGGACAAUCUAGAGUGACUGCCACUUGUGCUGGGUUCUUGAGUGAAUCCCAACAAGCCACAGCUACGGUAGUGUGUUUAAAAAGGGCCUGUAGACAUUACUGAGAGACAGAAAGUUUGAGUUGGCCUGAAGGACAGUAUUCAGACGGUUGCAAUGGCUGAGAGACAGACAUCUGACCAUGCUGGAGCAGUCUUCCAAACGUUGGGUGAGUCGCCUCGUCAUGUCCCCCGCAAGCUAGGCUCAAUGUUUGAGGCUGUUGCUGGUGGUGGAAACUCACUGCAGUUCUCCGAGGAAAAGUCCCAUUCUCAGUCCAUGAAAAAGGAGGAUAAGAUGUUAGAUUCACCGCAACAUGGUCGCAAGCCAAUGGGUUCCAUGUUUACUACCAUUGAGGCCAACCAGGAUAGCUUCCAGUUCCCUUCUGAGCGUGGUGAGGGACGUCAGCGUCGUCAAGAUUCUAGCUCCACUGAGACGGAUAGCUCUGCCUACUCCUCACCUCGCCAUGGGCGUAGCCGCAUCAAGGGCUCCAUGUUUGAGGCAGUGGAAGGGGGAGGUAACUCACUCCAGUUUGACUCGGAACGGAAGGUUGGAAGCGCCCAGCGGAGUGACUCCAGAACGAGCAACAUGAGCGACUCUCCUAGGCACACCCCUCCAGAUGCCGUCUUCAACAUCGUGGAGCAGGGCAGUGGUAACCUGGAAGCAGGGAAGGAUCACAAGCGUGACCCAUCGCCAAUCUUUGAGAGAACACCACGGGUGAAGAACACACCUUCCCAGAGCAGGUCAUGCGGCGGUGGUCCUGAGAGCACUGACGGAGGGACCAUUCCUCGAGAUAUGACCCUCAGCAUGGUGCCGGUUGAUGAAGAUGCGACGGCACAAGCUCGUAUCCUGAUCAAGGGAGGCAAAGUGGUCAAUGCGGACCAUUCCUUCUAUGCUGAUGUGUACAUUGAGGAUGGGACCGUUCGACAAGUUGGCAAGGACCUCAUCACCCCCGGUGGUGCUAAGGUGCUGGAUGCUAAGGGCAUGUUGGUCAUUCCUGGUGGCAUUGAUACACACACUCACAUGCAGAUGCCAUUCAUGGGAACAGUGGCUGUGGAUGACUUCUACAAAGGCACAAGGGCUGCAUUGGCUGGUGGAACUACCAUGAUCAUUGAUCACUGCCUUCCACAGAAGGGUGAAGGACUCAUGGACGCCUAUGAGAAAUGGCGUGGCUGGGCAGACCCCAAAGUCUGCUGUGACUACUCCCUCCAUGUGGGCGUGACUUGGUGGGGGGAUGGUGUCCCUGACGAUAUCACUACCUUAUGCCAGGAGAAAGGUGUGAACUCCUUCAAGAUGUUUAUGGCGUACAAGGGACUCUUCAUGCUUACGGAUGAUGAAUUGUACAAAUCCUACAGUGUAAUCAAGGAAAAUGGCGCCCUCGCUAUGAUGCAUGCUGAGAAUGGAGACAUCAUUGAAGAGAACACCAAAAAGAUGGCCUCGCUUGGCAUCACUGGCCCAGAAGGCCACCUGCAGAGCAGACCGGAAGAUGUUGAGGCUGAGGCUACGACUAGGUCUAUAUGCAUAGCCAAUCAGGUUAACUGCCCCCUGUACAUAGUACAUGUCAUGAGCCGUAGUGCUGCUGAUGCUAUACGAAAGGCCAGGAGUGAAGGUAAGGUAGUCUUUGGUGAGCCCAUUGCAGCCUCCCUGGGUACAGAUGGUACUCACUACUUCUGCAAGAAUUGGCGUCAUGCAGCUGGUCAUGUCAUGGGACCUCCACUACGACCUGAUCCUACUACCCCAGGCUACUUGAUGGAUCUACUGGCCAAUGGUGACCUUCAGCUGACUGGGACAGACAACUGCACAUUCAACGCUGACCAAAAGGCUCUAGGCAAAGACGACUUCAGCAAAAUACCUAAUGGAGUCAAUGGUGUGGAAGAUAGGAUGUCUGUUAUAUGGGAGAAGGGUGUGAUAUCUGGCAAGAUGGAUGCCAACAGAUUUGUAGCAGUGACCAGCACCAAUGCAGCCAAGAUCUUCAACAUGUAUCCACGCAAGGGUGUCAUCCAAGUGGGUUCCGAUGCUGACAUAGUCAUCUGGGAUCCUGAGGCUACACGCGUCAUCUCCAAAGAUACACACCACCAGGCUGUGGAUUUCAACAUCUUUGAGGGCAUGGAGUGCCAUGGUGUUCCUGUCAUCACCAUCAGUCAAGGGCGGAUAGUCUGGGAAGAUGGAGAGUUACAUGUGACUCAAGGAGCAGGUCGUUUUAUUCCACGCCCACUGCACGCCCCUGAAGCCUACAAUAAGAUCUUGAUCCGGGAUAAGGUCAAUCAGCCAAUCAAAGUUGAGCGUGAGCCGUAUGAUGGUCCAAUCUGGACACCGGAUGGUCCUAAGAAGCAGUCCAAUAUGCCGAGGAGUGUGCCUGUAGCUCCUGCUGAGGAGUUUAACAGCCACAGUGCUGCAUCCACUAAGCAAGGCGGUAGGGACCUGCAUCGCUCUGGAUUCAGUCUCUCGGGACGGCAGAUUGAUGACAAUGUUCCCCAUCGAGCUGCACACAAGGCUCUGGCCCCACCAGGGGGUAAGUCCAGCAUCCAGUUUUAAGGCACAAGCCACCGUAGAGAUUGUCUGUUUCUGUUGGCAUGGUAGCACAGCUGUAGUCAACCUUCAAGAAUGCCACACUUGCGUCUGAGAGGUCUACAUGUGUAACCAUGGUAAUCAUGAUGGAAAGGAGCAACAACGUAACAUUGUAUGGAUCAUAAUCAUCUUUACAUUGCAGUUAGUAAGGGAACUGUUUUUCUUCUAAAGCUAAAAUGGGAUCAAUGUUAAUCAGAUUGUGUUUUUGUUGGGAAACUGUAAUGUAGUCCAUGCAGAUUGCAGUCCCUGGAAGCGGUCCAGCUCUUACAAACAUUGACUUGAAUAAUUCCUUGAGUACCAUACAUGUAACACGGCUGCCCACCGCUUGUAGUACCAUACAUGUACAUUUAUUUACAUGUGGUAUACAUUCAUGACUACAUAACUUGGAUUAGGAACUAUACAAUCUCUUUGUCCCCAUUGUGUUGUGUCACAAAAGCCAAACAUGUCUCUAUGCUGUGGAUCAUGUGAGCAUUGUAUAAUGGUGUAAGACGUACAUGUAAGCGUAUGGAACGUCCUGGGCAAUGGACUGAAGUGAUCAAUAUCUGUAGAGUCUUAUCUGUGUUCAUGUAGCAGACUUCAUAAUAUAUUUCUCAUUCUUGACACAAAACCACUUCUCUUACAAUCUGAUUGACAGAACCUGUCCAAAUUACAAUGAAACCAUCAGAGUAAAGCACAGUGUGCUAGACCAAUUUUUCAAUUGGUUUUGCACAUAAGGUACAGUGUACAGUGCAAAGGCUAUCAGUCAUCAAGUAGUAAUUAUUCACUCAUCAGAGGUUGUACUCAUGCAUGGAAAUCCUACUGAAUAUACCUUAUUAUAUUAAUCCCAAGCCAGAUAUUCAUGUCUUGCAAUGGAAUUUGGAACUAUGAAGUAGCCAGAGAUUUUCCUCUAUGGUUUAUUUGAUAAUCCAUUUUCUUGCCAUGUGUUAUAUGCAGUUGUGUAAUUAUUCUGUAAAAGAAAAAUGAUGUUAAUCAAAUUAGGUUUUGCCCUUCACCGACGUAAAAACACUAUAGUCAGUGUGUUUAACCUCCCGAGUGAAAGUUGGAAAAAAUCACUCAGGCAAAAAAUCACUAGGGCAAAACCUAAUUUGAUGUACAUCACCCCGACCCAAAUUCCAUCUUAUGAAAAGUGAUGUUCUCAAUGUUUCUGAGGACUGUCAUUUAUUUUACAUAAUAAAACUGUCUUAGGGAAUGUUUUUGUGAUGGUCUUUUAAUGACAUCGUUUCCUUUUAUAGAUGCAUUAUGACAAUGACAACAUUUUGGAUAAAAACGAUGUGAAUUGCAAACAAGAUUUAGGCCUCUCAUUUGUUAAUUACUUGAUGGCGAUUUUUUUUGCCAUGACUUUAAGUUAUACAACCAAACUUUCUGACAGCAGUUAUAAAAAAGUUAGAAUAAUAAAAAAAAAAUCGAAACAAUUUUUUUUUUUUUUACUCAAUCCUAUUUUUACUACACGGUAGCGCAAACAUUAGAUAUUAGUAUCUUAGCAGCACAUAAUUCACGAGAUGCGUAGUUAUAGUUGAGAGCACUGUUGUCACGUGUGUACAUGUGUGAUUUUUUUCUUUCAUUUUAUUUUUGGAGCUAUAAAACAAGUGUUUUAUGUACAUAAUGGUUUUUUUAAAAGAUGUUAUUUUGCUGAAAUUCAGAGACUUUAUUAUUAUAGGUGCAGAGUGUUAUAUUUACACUGCAACAAUUGUAGUGUUAAAUAAAAGACUUGUCCAAUAUAGAUAACAAAUUGCAGGUUUUUUUUGCAUGUAACACAUCUUUGCUCAAACUAUGAGCAUUUUUCAAGCAAAGGAAGUUUGGAUGCUAGGCUAGCUGAUGUAUGUGUUGAUUGAUACAUAUUAAUGAGGUCUUCUGAUUUUACAAUUUCUGUGUGGCCAUACUACUUAUUGUUGAGAUUUUACCGAUCUUCCAAAUUAUGUGUUAAGUCUAUGUAGCAGCUUUGAAGUGAUGUCACAAAAAAAAAUUCUUGAAAAUCAUCGUGUGAGAUGUGACUGUAGAUAUGCCAACUUCACUUCAGUUUCUUGAACUGUCUGGCGAUAUAAGUGUUUGUAAUUUACAUUCUGCACUCAUCAAACAUGUACUUCGUGCAAAGUAUGCUCUGCUCACUAGUGCGCUUUGUAGUACCACAUAAGCAUUGCACUUAAUAGCGGUGCUGGCGGCUGUACACUGCACAGCUCAUCAGCUGGCCCCAGCCCAGAUCACAUCUGCUCAAUGUGAAAUGAAAUACUUCUUCUCCAUCGUUUUCUUCCUGGGUUCAUAUUAAACUUAUUUGCGAGUUUGUACUUCCAACGGCUUGUGAUAAAUGUAAGAACAAGCUAAUGAUAAACUUAGCCCAUGAUUGGUCAAUAUUUUAUGCAUGUACAAUGACACAUUUUGUGGUAUGAUCGCCUCUCUGUUAAACAGCGUAAGGUGGCCUUAAGUGAAAUGCGAGGGACGAUUUGUGUGUUUGGAAAGUCUGACAGGUCUGGUUAUCAGAUACUUGUGGUAUCUUGUGCGUCAAGGAUAAAUAAAAUGCAUUCAUAAGUGUUUGUAAUAUAUCAGUGUUUUAGAGCAAGAUUGGAAAUGAAUUACAAUGUAAUGUUUUGUUUAAUAUGAUGCGGGCACUGCAAGUAGUAUUUGUAACAACCACCUCUCCUUUGGAAUGCAAAAGACCCACGUUCAUGGAGUGUUGGUAAUUUGGUUCAUCUUGAAGAUUUGUUACCAAGUAGAGUUUGUUUCAAACCAGAUCAAUACUCCCUUCUACUUGGUAGAAGGAUGCUUAUUCCCCUCAGCAACAGCCAAGACUUGAGCAAAGUUAUGGAUUGAACUGUGCGGAUCACAGGAUCAUUAUAUCGCAACAAAUCUUGAAGGUGUGUCGUAACAAGAGGAUAAUAUCAAGAUGUUUAGUGUUCAAUCUGUUGCUUACAUCAAAUGAAUUCUAUUGAGGAAAAUAGUAGCCCACAAUGACUUGUUCUUAAUAUUCUCUGCAAAUACUGCAUGCAAUGUUUUGUAUACUUAAAAUCGUGGUGCGUAUUUUUAUGAUCUAUAUAUACAUUUUCCACAAGAUGGCAGCCUCGUGUUUCGUCAGUGCAUGAUGUGUACUUAGUACCAUGUCUCGAGUUCAUAUUCAGUGUUUCGUGAACCAGUGCUAUUACCCGUAUUAUGUGAAUGCUUGUGCCAGUGCGAACCAACCAAGCAAACCAGUUGUGUCUUUGUAAUGAUUGAUGUACACACCAAUUUCACGUUGGUAAAACUGAAUAAUAAAAAAUCGCCAAGAAGUAAUUAGAAAA